AUGGCAUGUCCAGAAUCUGACAGUCAGUAUCAGUUCACUGGUUUUAAGAAAUACUUCAAUUCAUACACCCUUAAUGGCAGAAAGAAUUAUGUACUGGCCACUUAUGGAGGAAUCGCUUUGCUCAUACUUUACUUCAAGGCAAGGUCUAAAAAAACUCCAUCUGUGAAAGAAACAUAA